AUGGCCGACGACGUGGAGGCGGCGGCACGCAGCGGAGACGAAAAGCUGCCGCUGUACGCCGCCAUGCUGUUCUUCAACGCGAUCAAAGGCAGCGGGGAGCUCACGGUCAGGCUGCUAGCCCGCGACGACUUCGGCUCCGUCGCGGCCGCCCUGCUGACGCUGGUGUCGCGGGACUCGGAGUUCGCGCUCUUCGGCGCGGAGGAGCUGUGCUCGGCCGACCUCGCGCGCGUGUACACGGCGGUGCCGGCCGAGCACCGCCCGCUGCUGCUGGACAUUGCGCUGAGCGCCUGCGAGCGCGACCGACUGGCGCUGCCGCUCGAGGCGGCGCUCUUCGUGAAGGAGCGGUUCCGUGCGCUGGCGGAGCCGCUGCUGACCGCCGCGGUGGCGCUGCUUGAGGCGGUGGUGCGCCUGCUGCGCGCCGUGCACGAGCUCGGCAGCGCUGACGGCACUGCCUUCAGCACGCUCGCCAAGCUGGCCGAGCUCGAGGAGGCGGGCGACGACGCCGUCAGCGCCGAGCCGACGUUCGGCCUGAAGGCGCAGCUGGUGCGACUGCUCGGCAAUCUGGUGUGGCGGCGGCCGGACGCGCAGCACGCCGCGCGCCGGCUUGGCGCCGUGCCCGUCGUGCUCGAGUGCUGCAACCUGGACGCGCGCAACCCGCUGCUGCAGCAGUGGGCGGUGGUGGCCGUGCGGCACCUGUGCGAGGCGUGCCUGGAGAAUCAGGCGGCGAUCCGGGAGCUGGAGCUUCAGGGCCUGGCGCCGGAGGCGGCCGAGGAGCUCCGCCAGAUGGGCGUCACCACCGUCCGCGAGGCCGGCAGGAUCCGUAUGCGGCCGGCGCAGCGGUGAUCAAGGCCCUGAGUGGGGACGAUGGCCCCGGCUGGCGACGGCACCGGUGGGGCGCAGCACAGGGUGCGUCUGUCGACAGCCUGGGGCGCGGACGGUCCGCAGUGGCUAAAACAUGCCGAGUGACGAUCUGUGAGGUGAUUUUGCAUACAUUUGCGAAACUUG